AUGACCUUCGCCCCGUCCGCCGGCAAUGCCGUCGGCGACCACGUAGGUGGUGGCGGGCUCCACGAGGAAGUCGAGCAUUUUUUUAUGAAAAAUGGCAGGGGAAAACAAAGUAGGAUAAAAGGCCACGAGAAGGGCACGAAAUCUCGGACAGCUCAUUUGGAGGGACUUAAAUGGGAGGUUAUUGUGGUUGACGAGCCCAUGGUUAAUGCAUUUUGUUUGCCUGGUGGGAAGAUUGUUGUUUUUGUUGGGUUGCUUAAGCAUUUUAGGGCGGAUGCUGAGCUUGCAACAGUGAGGUGCAUCACACACACACACAUUGAUGAUUUAUAA